AGGCCCUCGUACCCAAGCUCACUCUGGGGACGGGAAGUCUUGACCAGAGCUACUGGAAGGCUUGGGGACUGCGACCUUAAUCAGAGCCCAAAUGGCCCAGUGGGAGAAGCUGCAGAAUCUCGACAGCCCAUUUCAGGAUCAGCUGCACCAGCUCUACUCACAAAGCCUUCUCCCGGUGGACGUUCGACAGUACUUGGCCAUUUGGAUUGAAGAUCAGAACUGGAAGGAGGCUAUAAUGGGCAAUGAUUCCAAGGCUAACAUGCUGUUCUUCCACUUCUUGGACCAACUGAACUAUGAGUGUGGUCGCUGCAGGCAGGACCCUGAGUGCUUGUUGCUACAGCACAACUUGCGAAAAUUCUACCGGGAUAUUCAGGCCUUUCCCCAGGGCCCUGCCCAAUUGGCUGAGAUGAUUUUUAAUCUUCUUCUGGAAGAAAAAAGAAUUCUGAUCCAGGCUCAGAGGGCUCAGUUGGAGCAAGGCAAGCCAGCUCUUGAAGCACCUGUGGAGAGCCAGCAGCCUGAGAUUGAAUCCCGGAUCCUGGAUUUAAGGGCUAUGAUGGAGAAGUUGGUGAAAUCCAUCAGCCAACUGAAGGACCAGCAGGAUGUCUUCUGCUUCCGAUAUAAUACUCAGACCAAAGGGAGGACACCCUCUUUGGAUCCCUAUCAGGCCAGACAGCAGCAGCUUCUGCAAGAAACUCUUAAUGAACUGGACAAGAGGAGAAAGGAGGUGCUGGAUAUCUCCAAAGCACUACGAGGCCGAUUAACUACCCUAAUUGAGCUACUGCUGCCAAAGUUGGAGGAAUGGAAAAUCCAGCAACAAAAAGCCUGCAUUGGAGCUUCCCUGGACCAUGGGUUGGAACAGCUGGAGAAAUGGUUCACAGCUGGAGCAAAACUUUUGUUUCACCUGCGGCAGCUGCUGAAGGAGCUGAAGGGAUUGAGUCUGCUGGUUAGCUAUCAGGACGACCCUCUGACCAAAGGGGUAGACCUACUGAAGGCUCAGGUCACAGAGUUGCUACAACGUCUUCUCCACAGAGCCUUUGUGGUAGAAACCCAGCCCUGCAUGCCCCAAACUCCCCAUCGACCCCUCAUCCUCAAGACUGGGAGUAAAUUCACCGUCCGAACAAGGCUGCUGGUGAGACUGCAAGAAGGCAGUGAGUCACUGACCGUGGAAGUCUCCAUUGACGGGAAUCCUCCUCAAUUACAAGGCUUCCGGAAGUUCAACAUUCUGACCUCAAACCAGAAAACUUUGACACCUGAGAAGGGGCAGAGUCAGGGCUUAAUUUGGGACUUUGGCCACCUGACUCUGGUGGAACAACGUUCAGGUGGCUCAGGAAAGGGCAGCAAUAAGGGGCCACUGAGUGUGACAGAGGAACUGCACAUCAUCACCUUCACAGUCAAAUACACCUACCAGGGUCUGAAGCAAGAGCUGAAAACGGACACCCUCCCUGUGGUGAUUAUUUCUAACAUGAACCAACUCUCAAUUGCCUGGGCCUCAGUUCUCUGGUUCAAUCUCCUCAGCACAAACCCCCAGAACCAGCAGUUCUUCUCCAGCCCCGCCAAGGCUCCCUGGAGCUUGCUGGGCCCUGCUCUCAGUUGGCAGUUCUCCUCUUACAUUGGUCGAGGCCUCAACCCAGAGCAGCUAAGCAUGCUGAGGGACAAACUAUUUGGGCAGAACUCUAGGGUUGAGGAUGCUUUGUUGUCCUGGGCUGACUUCACUAAGCGAGAGAUUCCCCCUGGCAAGCUACCAUUCUGGACAUGGCUGGACAAAAUUCUGGAGCUGGUACAUGACCACCUGAAGGAUCUCUGGAAUGAUGGACAUAUCAUGGGCUUUGUGAGCCGGAGCCAGGAGCGCCGGCUGCUGAAGAAGACCAUCUCUGGCACCUUUCUACUGCGCUUCAGUGAAUCAUCAGAAGGGGGCAUUACCUGCUCCUGGGUGGAGCACCAGGACGAUGAUAAGGUACUCAUCUACUCUGUGCAGCCCUACACCAAGGAGGUGCUGCAGUCACUACCACUGACUGAAAUCAUCCGCCACUACCAGCUGCUCACUGAGGAGAACAUACCUGAGAACCCACUGCGCUUCCUCUAUCCCCGAAUCCCCCGGGAUGAGGCUUUUGGGUGCUACUACCAGGAGAAAGUUAAUCUCCAGGAACGGAGGAAAUACCUGAAACAUAGGCUCAUUGUAGUCUCUAACAGACAGGUGGAUGAGCUGCGACAACCGCUGGAGCUGGAGCCAGAACUGGAGUCAUUAGACCUGGAGCUGGGCCUGGCACCAGAGCCAGAGCUAGGGCUAGGCCAGGAGUUAGAGCCACUGCUAGAAUCAAUGCUGGAUCUUGGGCCCACAUUUGAGUCCACUCUGGAGCCUGUACUGGAGCCCACUCUGGAGCCUGUCCUGGAGCCCACACUAUGCUUGGUAUCACAAAGAGUGCCAGAGCCAAAUCCGAGACCUGUAUCACAGCCACUGCCAGAGCCAGAUUUGCCCUGUGAUCUGAGACACCUCAACACUGAGGGAAUGGAAAUCUUCAGAAACUGUAUGAAGAUUGAAGAAAUCAUGCGAAAUGGUGACCCACUGUUGGCUGGCCAGAACACUGUGGAUGAGGCCUACGUCUCCAGCCCCAGCCAUUUCUACACCGAUGGACCCUUGAUUCCUUCUGACUACUAGGAAUUACAUUUCCUUUGUUUUUUCCGUAUCUCUUGUCUUCCUACUCCCCAUGUCAUGAUGUUCUUCUUCAAGGAUGGGAAAUCAGGCAUGUGCCCCUUCUAAGUUGGGUUAACCCUGGGAUUUGAGGUGAGAGGUGAAAGUUGGGUAUGGAAGGGGCACCAACAAAUCAGAACAGAUGCUGGCCAUAGUUCUAAAUAGGAUCCUGGAGGCUGUCUGCUGUGCUGGGAGGCGUAAGGAUCCUGGGAGCAGGCCAGGAUGUUGGGACGUACUUGGACGGCUCAGGGCAGUGGCAUCUUUUCAGUAUGGAAGGAUUUUUAACAUUUUAAUACCUGUUGAGGCUAAACUGGUGCACACUAGCACAGGUGUGUGAUAGGACUCCAUCUCUCCCUUCUGGUUCCUUCAUGUCUAAGAUAACCUUUGCCUUUCUUCCUUUCAUUCCUGACUCAAGUCCUAAAUUUCUACUUUUCCUGUGGAGCUUUCUGUCUCAGCCUACCAUGUGAAGCUCCACCCUGAAGAGAGGGAUAAGUAGACCUCUUCCUACCAGUCUCCUCCCCUGCUCUGUCCCCUAAGCUGGCUGCACCCAUUCCUGCCCCAUGAAGUGGUCUUGCCAAUCUAACAUGCCUGUGAAGCUUUGCACACUAAUUUAUGCUGCUUGGUCUUCACUUCCUUAAUGCUUAGGAGACUAACCACUCCCAGAGGCCAGGGUAGUAGUGUUGCUGGGAAUUUAGGAACAGCUUUUUAUAGUAUUGGAUAGAGUUUGGUGUUUUUACAGAGGAAGAGAAGCUCUGGGUCUUAGCUAUUUCUCUGUGAAGAUAUCAUCCCCUUUCUUUUGUAGCAUACAUUGUGGUUUUUUGAGGAGGGGAGAUGGCGGGGGGGUGGGGGCAGUAUGGGGAUCUGAACCUGUGACCUUGGUGUAAUAAGGCUGCUCUCUAACCAACUGAGCUAACUAGCCAGCAUGUUGUAUCAUAUAUUGUUUACCUGAAAGGAAGGUUUCUUUUCCUUGGGUGUGGACCUGGGCUAGACCAAGUUCCUGGAACUUAGAACCUUGAUGGUUUAUUAUAGGACUCUGGACACUUCACACCUUAGCCAUUCCCAAGGAACCUCAGGGAGCAACUGCCAUUGCUCUAAGAUGUGCUUCUGGUGUAACUUGAGAUAUAAAUGAAAGUGGGGCCCUGCACAUGUGGCUGUUUCCUGCCUGGUAUGUCAGAGGAACAGUCCUGUUCAAAAAGGGGCUCUUCUGAGCAGAAAUGGCUAAUAAACUUUGUGCUGCCCUGGAA